GGAGGCGAUAGUCCAAAUUUUUUUGCAUAUCCUUUGGCUCGUCGUGAUUGUCCUGUAAACCCGAAUCGUCCUUCGAAAACUUGCGGCUUAUCAAGCAGUUGUUGGCGUGAAGGUGCUACAAAAAUCGUGUAACAAAUAUCCGUCUUCAAGUGCAUUUAGGAGGCGGAUUUGUGGACGUCCGGGAGACCAGGACAGCGGACUUUCCUUUGUUCUUCUUGUGUGUGGCGUGAUCGUCCUGAGGAGGAGACAUGCAAAACGUACUGAACACGGUUAAAGGAACGGCCCUUGGUGUGGCCGAAUACUUGACACCCGUUUUAAAGGAAUCUAAAUUCCGGGAAACGGGUGUACUGACACCGGAGGAGUUUAUUGCUGCCGGUGACCAUCUGACGCACCACUGUCCAACCUGGUCCUGGGCCAUCGGCGAUGAAAGCAAAAUCAAACCUUAUCUUCCUAAAGAUAAACAGUUUCUCAUCACACGGAAUGUCCCAUGCCGGAGACGCUGCAAACAGAUUGAGUUCGUGGGAGAAGAGAACAUGGUCGAGGAGAAUGACCCGGACGGCGGAUGGGUAGAGACACAUCACUACAACGCGGAUGAGGCGGGCGGAAGUGCGGGAUUAGAGGAUAAAGUGUGCGAGAUGAAACUGGACAGUUCACGUAUCGAGGACGAACCUGCAGCGGAUAUGGAUGAUCCAAGCAAUCUGGACGGAGACGACGGUGACGAUGAUGAUGAAGAUGGUGGAGCCGCGCUCGAUAUGGAUGAGUUCGAGGAGAGUGGGCUGCUCGAUAUGGUCGAUCCGUCGAAUGCACUGCUACCGGCACCGAAUGAAAAGAAGACGGCGGCCGAAGGCGCUUCUUCACCGGAGGUAGAAGGUGAUUCCGUCGUCCGUACGCGAACGUACGAUCUGCACAUCACCUACGACAAGUACUACCAAACGCCCCGCCUGUGGGUAAUCGGAUACGAUGAAAAUCGCAAGCUGCUAACUGUCGAGCAGAUGUACGAUGACGUCAGCCAGGAUCAUGCAAAAAAGACCGUCACCAUGGAGACGCAUCCCCAUAUACCGGGACCGAACAUGGCUUCGGUGCAUCCGUGCAAACAUGCUGAUAUUAUGAAGAAAAUCAUUCAAACCGUGGAGGAAGGCGGCGGCGAGCUGGGAGUGCACAUGUAUCUGAUCAUAUUUCUUAAAUUCGUGCAAACCGUCAUACCGACUAUUGAGUAUGACUUUACCCAGAACUUUAACAUCAACAACCACAAGUAGAGAACAGGGACCUCUUGUGGCAAGCAAACUUUCAGGAAGUUAAUGGUAAAUGGGGUAUAGUGAUUAAGUAUCCAGAAGCAUAUGUUGUUGUAGUUUGAGACGGGGCCUGUCGCUUCUGCCGCUUUGACUCAACCCAGACUCAACACCGCUAGCUUUCGAUGGAGACCAGCAAAUGAUAUUUCCCACGACAAAGCAAGAGGCACAUCCGCAUCGCAAACAGUCCUACUGUGCGCAGUGGUAGAGCAUAAAUAAAGCUAAUCGCAGAGAGAAGCCAAUCGGCUUCGGCCGAGAACAGAA